AUGAGCUCCGUCACCACCAGCACUCCGCCACCAUAUCUCCGCCGGCCAAAUUACCAUCGCCGCCAAAACCCACCAUUUUCCGUCCUAUGCUGCGCCGGAGAAUCACAAAAGAACAGCUUCACUCGCCGGAGAACCCUAACCUCACUCAUAACACUCACGGGCAUCGGCGGCUCCGUAAUUGCCACGUCAUCAGCAGUAGCAGAGGAGAAAUGGGGGACAAGGUCAUUCAUAAAGGAAAAAUAUUUCAUGCCGGACUUAUCGCCGGAGGAUGCGGCGGCGCGUAUAAAGCAAACGGCGGAAGGAUUAAGAGACAUGAGGGAGAUGUUGGACCACAUGUCGUGGAGGUACGUUAUUUUCUACAUAAGAGUGAAACAGUCUUAUCUGGAUCGGGAUCUGACCAACGCCAUGACCAUCUUGCCGGAGAGUCGCCGGAAUGAUUACGUUCAGGCCGCUAAUUCGCUUGUCCAAAACAUGAGUGAGUUGGAUUUCUACGUAAGGACGCCAAAGGUGUACGAGUCGUAUCUCUACUACGAGAAGACAUUGAAAUCGAUCGACGACGUGGUGGAGCUUCUUGCUUAA